CGGUCCACAGUUACUACCUACCCGUCGUCCCAGUCCCAGGCGGGCAAACCGCAAAAGACGGUUCUCCCACCACACUGCACCUUUCUCAGCUCGGUUCCCCGACCCAGUUUCUCAUCUGCUUCGAGUAAUUUCCAUUUUGUCUUUCUGCUGACAUAUCUUGCGGACUUAUUGUCGGGCGUGUGAACUGUUACCAAGACCUGCAGUUCUUUCAGCGACGUGAUAACUAUUUGAAACCCCCCCCCGUUUCCAACAUCGAAGUCUCAUCGCGUUCAACCUGUUACCUACUACCCAUCUAAAUCACCAUGUCUCGCCAUCACCCCGAUCUCGUCAUGUGCCGCAAGCAGCCGGGCAUCUCUAUCGGCCGCCUGUGCGACAAGUGUGACGGCAAAUGUCCCGUGUGCGAUUCCUACGUGCGUCCUACGACCUUGGUUCGCAUUUGCGACGAGUGCUCCUUUGGAAACUACCAGAACAAGUGCAUCGUGUGUGGUGGGGAGGGAAUCAGUGACGCUUUCUAUUGCUUUGAGUGUACGCGACUAGAGAAGGAUCGAGAUGGGUGUCCGAAGAUUAUAAACCUGGGAAGUUCGAGGACCGAUUUAUUCUACCAAAAGAAAAGUUUUCGAAAUCAUUGAUACCGCCGUCCUUUGUUCGCCACGCGUUGGCCCUGCUCGCUCGGGCUCAUGGCGAGAACGAAUGCCCUGCAUCUUACGUUACUGGCUCUAGAGGAAGCUCUGCGAGCUGCGAGUUACUGGGUGGACGGGCGAAUUUGAACGGA